GCCCUGGGCGCGCGGGCGGCGGGCACCUCAGUCUGCGGCCGACGGCGGCGGCGGACCCGAGCCGCUCGAGGUGCCCACCGCAGCUGAGGCUGCUAAACGCUGGCCAGGUGCAGCAAGGGUGCCGCCGGAGCAGACUCGCCCGCCAUGAAGCCCCCCGCAGCCUGUACAGGAGAUGUGCUGGACUCAGCAACCCCCUGCUCGGUGGUGAACUACCUCAGAUGGGACCUGAGUGCGCAGCAGAUCGAGGCGCUGACCAAGGAGCUCAUCGAGCAGACCAAGCAUGUGUACGACCAGGUGGGCUCACAGGAGUUUGAGGACGUCUCCUACGAGAGCACGCUCAAGGCGCUGGCCGACGUGGAGGUAUCCUACACAGUCCAGAGGAAUAUCCUUGACUUCCCCCAGCACGUUUCUCCAUCCAAGGACAUCCGGACGGCCAGCACAGAGGCGGAUAAAAAGCUCUCUGAGUUCGACGUGGAGAUGAGCAUGAGGCAGGAUGUGUACCAGAGGAUUGUCUGGCUGCAGGAAAAAGUUCAGAAGGACUCACUGAGGCCGGAGGCGCAGCGCUACCUGGAGCGGCUGAUCAAGCUUGGCCGGAGGAACGGGCUCCAUCUCCCCAAGGAAACUCAGGAAAAAAUCAAGAGCAUCAAGAAGAAGCUCAGCCUCUUGUGCAUCGACUUCAACAAGAACCUGAACGAGGACACCACCUUCUUGCCCUUCACGCGUGAGGAGCUAGGAGGACUCCCCGAGGACUUUCUGAACUCGUUGGAGAAGACGGAGGAUGACAAGCUGAAAGUCACCCUUAAGUACCCCCAUUACUUCCCCCUCUUGAAGAAGUGCCACGUGCCCGAGACCCGGAGGAAGGUGGAGGAGGCCUUCAACUGCCGCUGCAAGGAGGAGAACUGUGCCAUCCUCAAGGAGCUGGUGGCCCUGCGGGCACAGAAGUCCAGCCUGCUCGGGUUCCGCACACACGCUGACUAUGUCCUGGAGAUGAACAUGGCCAAGACCAGCCAGGCUGUGGCCGCCUUCCUAGACGAGCUGGCUCAGAAGCUGAAGCCCCUCGGGGAGCAGGAGCGGGCCGUGAUCCUGGAGCUGAAGAAGGCCGAGUGCGAGAAGCGGGGUCUGGCGUUUGACGGCCGCAUCCACGCCUGGGACAUGCGCUACUACAUGAACCAGGUGGAGGAGACGCGCUACCGUGUGGACCAGAACCUGCUCAAGGAGUACUUCCCCAUGCAGGUGGUCACCAGGGGCCUGCUGGGCAUCUACCAGGAGCUCCUGGGGCUGACCUUUGACCUGGAGGAGGGCGCCACCGUGUGGCAUGAGGACGUGCGGCUCUACUCGGUGCGCGACACAGCCUCCGGGGAGGUGAUCGGCAAGUUCUACCUGGACCUCUACCCCAGGGAAGGAAAAUAUGGGCAUGCGGCCUGCUUCGGCCUGCAGCCAGGCUGCCUGCGGCAGGAUGGGAGCCGCCAGAUCGCCAUCGCGGCCAUGGUGGCCAACUUCACCAAGCCCACCCCAGACGCCCCGUCCCUGCUGCAGCACGACGAGGUGGAGACCUACUUCCACGAGUUUGGGCACGUGAUGCACCAGCUCUGCUCGCAGGCGGAGUUCGCCAUGUUCAGCGGGACGCACGUGGAGCGGGACUUCGUGGAGGCCCCGUCGCAGAUGCUGGAGAACUGGGUGUGGGAGAAGGAGCCCCUGCUGCGCAUGUCCCAGCACUACCGCACGGGCGGUGCCGUGCCCCAGCCGCUGCUGGACAAGCUCAUCGAGUCUCGGCAGGCCAACACAGGCCUCUUCAACCUGCGCCAGAUCGUCCUCGCCAAGGUGGACCAGGCCCUGCACACGCAGACUGACGCAGACCCCGCCGAGGAGUACGCCCGGCUCUGCCAGGAGAUCCUCGGGGUCCCGGCCACGCCAGGGACCAACAUGCCUGCUACCUUCGGCCACCUGGCAGGAGGCUAUGACGCCCAGUACUAUGGCUACCUGUGGAGCGAGGUGUACUCCAUGGACAUGUUCCACACGCGCUUCAAGCAGGAGGGUGUCCUGAACCGCAAGGUCGGCAUGGACUACAGAAGCACUAUCCUGAGGCCCGGCGGCUCCGAGGACGCCAGCGCCAUGCUGAAGCUCUUCCUGGGCCGAGACCCCAGGCAGGACGCCUUCCUCCUGAGCAAGGGACUGCAGGUGGAGGGCUGCGAGCCGCCCGCCUGCUGACCUGCUGCUGAGCUCCACGUCCAGCCCACGCUCCCGCUGCCCUGUGCCUUAGCCCCGCCUGGGGUGGGCGGCUUCUCCUUGUCCUUGUCACGUCCAGGUCUCGGGUGUCACAUUGCGGCCCCCUCCGGCUCAGGCUCCUGCGCCAGCUGAGCCCUGGGCGGGAGGCCUGGUCCUGUUGCACUAGGGCUCCCUCCGGGGCGCCUUCUGGUCCGACCAGCUGGUUCUGAGAUGCAGCCAUUAAACACUUUAA